AUGGCGACUCAUACCGUCAUCGAGAUCCCCAAAACGACCUCUGCAGCUGCCGAUCCGCGAGCGCCCAGCAUCGUCACGACUUUACCGCCUGAGAUCCGCAACCGUAUCUAUGAACAUCUAUUUGCAAAAGAUGGACCCGUCCUCCUAGACGACGGCAACCCGCAAAUGGAACUUUUGUCUAGGGAUCACGUCACUCAAUCUGUGCAUGGCAAUAUUGAGCAACAGCUUAGGGAAUAUAAGCCUUGCCAUGUCUUUGGUGAUUGCAUCGGGCUUCUACUGUCGUGCAGGCAAGUCUACCAUGAAGCAGUCGGUAUCCUCUACGGCCAUAACACUUUCUUGUUCUCUCGGUUCCUGGUCAGACAGAUGCACUUUACCUGCAAAUGGCUGUCAAAUAUUGGGUCACAUUACCAGCUCCUAUCCCACGUUCACAUCGACGCAGAUGCGCUUGUCACAAAACUCACCAGAGCAUACGAUCUAUUACCGCUGUUGAAGCUCAUUUGGUUUCGUCCUCAGGCCAAAUGCAAAAUCUCCUUUGUGCUUUCCGGAAGGUCGUUAUCCAAGAAGCUGCCUUACAACCGCGGUCUGUACGAUCUACCCCCUUCCAUGGAACUUAUGAAUGGUGUUCUCUUCGCGUUAGGCACUGCAGACGCUCUCAGUCUCAGGCAGUACGCCAGAUACUCUGGCCUGAUUUCAUCGAUCAGGAUCUGGUACAACGACCACGGUUAUACUGGGUUCGUGCAGUACACUGGUUCUGACAGCUCACGUCGCUUUCCGCAUCCAGUCAAACAUUUCGAGAUCUUGGACUAUGGUACCAAGGUUCAGUGGGAGAGACCUCAACAGUCGAGCCUCCUGUCCUUGCCUGACGUAUUCUUGUCGGCCAUCAAUACGUACGCAAGCGCAUCCGAUACAGGGGUUGUGUUCGAUCUGGACAUCAAGAAAGCCUGGGGGUACCACGUAGGUCUCAGCGGCGUUAAUCGCUUCCUGAGAUGCGACAUCGACCGAAUGGUUACGCGAGUGUACGACGAUAUUACCAUCCGCAUGUCUACUCGGGAAGCUAUGACCGACUUUGGUGACUUCAAAGCACUACAAGAGCUGAUGGACAUUGAAACCUUUCAGGACCUGCUCAAUCCCUACGAGUGCAGAGAGGAGGCACGCUCCAUCGAGAUGGUUCUGAUGUUCAAGCUCUUUACACAAACUCCCACCGCGGACCUCCGUAUAAACAUCAACAACCUUUUGAAAAUAUACGAACGCGACCAUGAAGAUCUUAGCAUUAUCAUCCAAGAGUCCGAUAGCAGCACGAGUGGCACACGGUCAAUCAUAUGGCAAUAUAUUCAGGGUGCGGUAUUCCUCUUACUAUCAGAUGUAUUGAAGCAGUAUCCUUCGCAAGCCAGUCAGCCUCUUCCACAUAUCUGGAUCAAUGGUCACGGUACCGUUUUGAGCGCCACAUACCCCGCCACGGCCACCUCUAAGGAGACGUCCAUUCCUUGUUCGUACCCCAUCGACGAUCCGGUCGGGAACUUAUUGCAAGGCUAUCGCAAGCUUAAACAUCUUCAUCAGCAAGGUGGGGAAUUGAAGAGAAUUGUGGCUGCUCACCGACCGGGCCCUGGUUUGGAUAGCAGUAGCCUGGUAGGUAUGUGGUACUCCUUACGGUGGUUAUUUGGCGUCGAUCACAUCGUAGACGCAGAUGCAUGCUACUGA